UCACAUGCGGCGGGGCCCAUUGCGCCUCUGUUUGUUCCGUGAUAAACUCCGACCCAGGCUGGAGCUGGGGAAGGGGCCUGCAUUGUCCUCGUCCAGCUGCCGGCAGGUAGAUCGGGGGUGGCAGCCUGCAGGGCCCCCUCCAAUGGAAAAGGAAGUUGCCAGGACCCAAGCUUUGGCACAACCCCCAGGAUCACUGAUCAGCUGCCUUUGGGGGCCCUCUGCCGUUCUCCACGGUGCAAGAGGCAGCCUGGCUCCAUUCUCUGGGUCCCUGCCAGGCCAGAGUGGCCGGCGCUGGCCAAGCAAUGGCGCUGCUCACCCACCUGCUGGCGUGCGUCUUCGGGAUGGGCUCCUGGGCAGCCCUCAACGGCCUGUGGGUGGAGCUGCCCCUGCUGGUGACCAAGCUGCCUGAGCAGUGGUACCUGCCCUCCUACAUCACCAUCAUCACCCAGCUGGCCAACGUGGGGCCGCUGCUGGUCACCCUGCUGCACAGGUUCAAGCCCGGCCUGCUGAGUGAAGUGGCCGUCAUCUAUGGCGUGGUGAUCGUGGGAGCCCUGGCCUGCCUGCUCCUGGCCUUCCUGUGGGGUUUUACCUCCCCCGUCGCUGGGGAGCCGCACAGCACGGCCUUCUUUGGCCUCGCCUUCUGCCUGGCGCUGGUGGACUGCACCUCCUCAGUCACCUUCCUGCCCUUCAUGGCGCGGCUGCAGCCCCGCUACGUCACCACCUUCUUCAUGGGGGAAGGGCUCAGCGGGUUCCUCCCAGCCCUCAUUGCCCUGGCCCAGGGCGCCAGCAUCACCAAGUGCAUCAACGUCACCCGGGUCGCCAACGUAACCAUGGGCAACAACACCUCCGAGGGCAGCCAGUUCCAAAUGGAGACCCAGUAUCUCCCAGCCAACUUCACCACCCUGGUCUUCUUCCUCCUCCUGACCGCCAUGAUGGUCGCCUGCUUGGUAGCCUUCUUCUUCCUCACCAGGCUGCCCAAGGCGUGGGAGCUGUCGAGACAAAACUUGUGUCCUAGUAACAUCACCCUCUACUCACUCCAGGAAGCGCAUGGGGAUGGGCCCAGGCUAUCUGGGGGAGGAGAAUCCCCAAGGGGAGGAAAGGCAGCUGGCUCGGACAAGGGAUCCCAUUGUACAGACCCAGAGGUUACCUUCUCUCUGGCCAAGUUUGCCUUCAUCUACCUCCUUGUUGCCUGGGUGAACUCCCUAACCAACGGGAUCCUGCCAUCCGUGCAAGCCUAUUCCUGCUUGCCCUAUGGCAACAUGGCCUACCACCUCUCUGCAAUCCUGAGCUCCAUGGCUAACCCGCUCGCCUGCACCAUCGCCAUGUUUCUGCCCAGCAGGUCUCUGACCCUGCUGGGGGCGCUCUCCGUGGCCGGGACAGGAUUUGGGGCCUAUAACAUGGCCAUGGCUGUCAUGAGCCCGUGCCCCCUCCUGCAGCAUGCGGCUUGGGGGCAAGCUAUCAUUGUCAUCUCCUGGGUGUUCUUCAUGGGGAGCCUCAGUUACGUGAAGGUGAUGACCGGGGUGAUCCUGCGGAGCCAGAGCCACAGCGCCCUCGUGUGGUAUGGGGCAGUAGAGCAGCUGGGGUCUCUGACGGGGGCCCUCAUCAUGUUCCCCCUGGUGAACGUCUAUAGCUUCUUCAGAUCUGCUGACUAUUGCAGCCUGCAGUGUCCAGCGUGAGCCUGGGCCAGGGGAGGUGCUCUGGGGAGGAGCUGUGGCAAGGGACUUGCUGGCCAAGGACAUCACGGACUCCAGUGACUUCCAUACUGGGCAUAAAACACCUCCGCCCCGAUCUCGUGAGCUUGAUGGAUGUCCAUGCUGCAGCCCAUAUUCUCCAAACACUGCAUGCCAAAGCACACCCCAACCAGUCAUGCAAACAGUGCUGGCUCCAGGGCCGACGCCCACUGUGCUUUGGCUGCACAAGGACAAUGGACCCACACAGCUGAACGGAUGCCACAGCUGCCCCUCAAGCCCUCCCUGACAGGCUAGGGGAGUGGUGGUUUCUCUUGGGAAGUUUAAAGCAAAACGAGUCAGUGCAGGUGAUCUGGGAGGAAGCAACUAGCUCUCAGCUCUGCCCAGUGCAUGGACAGAUUGUACUCAAGGGGUCUCUUGUGCACGGCGGGGUCCCCCUACAAAACACAGUGUAUCCAUCUCCAUCCAGCACGGCCGGCAGGCUCUGGGUGGAGCACUCCCCACAUCUCGCUGACCCAGGGCAUCAGUUCAGGUGCUGUACCCAGGGUAACCCAGUCUGUGUGCUUUCUGGGAGGCAAGUGACUCUCUCCUUGUUCCAGCUCUGCUCAAGCCUGACAUCUGGUUGCGCACAUUGACUCCGCUCCCCGUGGCGUGCCCUGGGUCUGUGUCACCUGCCUCGAUAAAGCAGCUGGAGUCAACUUUUAUUUUUCCCGAUUGAGUUAGAUGGAUCACUUCUUCCUUCUUUCUCUUCCCAUCUCCUCCUGUCCCAGUUCCCUUUCAUCUGAAAUUUUACUGAGUGGUUUCCAUUCUAUAGUUCUGAGACACUCAUAACAUUCCUGCUGGAGUUUAGGGAACUAUAGAAAUCAUAGAAACGUAGGGUUGGAGCGGAGCUCGAGCGGUGAUCUAGACCAGGCCCCUGGGCUGAGACAGGACCAAGUAAACCUCGACCAUCCCUGACAGGUGUUUGUCCCACCUCCUCUUAAAAACCUCCACUGACGGAGAUUCCACAACCUCCCUUGGAAGCCUGUUCCAUAAUUAAACUACCCUUAGAGUUAGAAAGUUUUCCCAAUAUCUAACCUAAAUCUCCCUGCCUGCAGACUAAGCCCAUUUCUUCUUGUCCUACCUUCAGUGGCCAUGGAGAACACCUAGUCACCGUCCUCUUUACACUGGCCCUUAACAGGUUUGAAAACUGUUCUCAGGUCCCCCUCAGUCAUCUUUUCUCAAGACGAAACCUCCCCAGUUUUAUUAACUUUUCCUCACAGGUCAGGUUUUCU